CCAAAAACCCUUCCCUUCCCUUCCCUUACCUUCCAUUAGCUAGUUUUAUGUUUUCAAAGCAAUUUGAAGUCCAGGGUUGAGUGAAUUGGUAUAUGAAUUGCGAAUAGCUCAGCAAUCCAAACAUGGACAAAAAGAGGCUGAAGCACACAGUGAACAAAGCAAAAGAGGAAUCCACCAUGGAGAAGAAGAAAAAUGACAAGAGUAAGAGCAUUCACGACAUCCUCCCUCUUGACCUAAUUCACAGAAUCCUACUGCGGGUGCCGAUUAGGCAUCUCGCUCGCCUCAGGUGCGUUUCUAAACUCUGGUGCUCUCUAAUUUCCGAUCCAGACUUUGCGGAAUCGCAUCUUCACCUCUCUCUCGCACCCACCCACCCAUGCCUCCUUAUUCACCUAAGAGACUCCACGGAAGCUUUCCUUGUUCACCUAGAAGAAGUAUUUAAUGGCGAUAAUUACCAAGUGAAAGAGGUAUCUUUCCCUUUCAAGAAGAAGCCACCUUCUAAGUUUUGUGUCAUGGGAUCUUGCAGAGGGUUUGUUCUCUUAAACCGACAGCCAUAUUUUUUUGUAGUAUGGAAUCCACUCACCGGAUUCAGAAAAAGAAUAUCUUACUCUUGUCUGGUUCAUCGUAGUAAGCUCAGGCGCUUAAAUUUUUCCCGUGAUGCGCGUCUGUAUGGAUUUGGUUAUGAUGCGUCACGGGAUGACUACUUAGUUGUUGUAGCUUCGCAGGAUGGUGACUGCCAACACUUAGAUUGCUUGUCCUUGAGAACCAAUUCAUGGAUUAAUCUUGAUGCUGCACUCCCCGAAUCAUUGGGUUAUAUGAAGCGGCAAUCUCCUGGGUUGUUCUUGAAUGGCUCUAUUCAUUGGUUAUCUUACUCUCUUCAAGAACAUUACAAUGAAAGUCUUCUUAUAUUUGAUUUGAAGGAAAGAAGUUUCUCAGAGAUAUCUUUGCCCGAGCAACUCAUAAUGCAUGGUCCUGCCACAAUUGUCAUACUAGGAGGGUGCCUAGCCUUGUAUUAUCAGGACUAUGCUGUUGAAUUUAAAACACGCAUAUGGGUGAUGAAAGAAUACAAAGUGAACUCAUCUUGGACUUUGUAUGAGAUUCCUUGUUUAAAGUUUCAUCCUCUAUACUUAUCCAAUGGUAGUGAUAUUAUGGCACUAGAUCCUACUCCGAUAUCUGGACCAUUAAAGUUUGCCAAAUAUAAUAUCAGAGAAGAGCUGCUCCAACAUUUUACAUGUCCUCAUCUUCAACAAGAUGCAUACUUCUUUGCAAGUUGCACUGUUUAUACAGAGAGUCUCUUGCUACUCCCUAGUGAUAUAUAAUGUGGUGCACUUGGUUGAGGUCUUUUGGUAGAGUUUGGUCUAUUCUUGGAAUUAUGAGAGAAUUGAGAGUUGGACGGACAUGCACAUUCGAAAACAAGAAUAGAAGAUGUAGUUGACUGAAUUCUUUGCAAUGAUUUGAAACAUCUGAUUGGAACGUAAUGACAGGAUUUUCAAUAAUAAGAAAGUAGGUGUUGAGAUCAUGUUUCUCAGCUACAAAAAAUAGAUUGGCAGUGAUCCUUUUGGUUAUUGAUGAUAAUGCUAGAAAUGACAGGAGAUUUAUGAAUUUUGUAUGCAGUACUGGAUGUUGUCUAGUUUAUUCUUUAAAAUAAA